GCUAUUGCUGGCAGCCGAGUCCGUUCUCUCAAGAGGUACAUCGUAAGGGCUUGACAUUGCCCAUGUGUCCUGAGAUCUGCCGCGCUUUCCAUGCUCGCUCUACCUUUCUACGCUCUGAUUGUCUAUCGGUCGCUGUCGGCGAAACAUUGGGUGUUUCGCCUUCCUGCUCAUGAAGCCUCUAGGGCCCUCCGUCCCCUCAAUGUCUAUGCUAUUUCUAUGCUAUGCACUGCUCGGUCUCGGUUGAUAGCCUGUAACGGCCUUGCCUCAUCGGAUUUGAGUGAUGUCGAUCGUCCACCUCUCACUUUUCCCCUACCCAAAAGGGGUGGUGAGAUAUUCACAACAGCGAACGCGAGCUCCGUGGCCUAUUCGCUUGACUUGGGUCUUCCACGCUCUGCUGACUCCAGGACAGCAUCUCGUGCCUCAGACCCGCACAAGUCAGAGGUUGGAGAUGCGUGCUCACGGCGAGAGCACGAUCCCGAGCGCGUGCUCGAUCCUCUGGAGCCUGACGACGCAGAUUGCCUCGAGCGCGAUCUCGAGCUCCUGGGUUGGUUUCGAUGGCGCGGCUCGGAUCCGAUUGCGACACUGGCGAGCAUAUCGAAGGCCCAAAGGGAUUCGUCAGAGUGUUUGGAAGAGUCGCUGGUCCUGCAACGAGAAGCCUCGAGUGCAGGAAUAUGUGCCGAGCCAUUAUUUGUAUAUACGUGGGCUUGUGAAUGCGACGGUAGAUAUGAAUCUGACCGCAGAUGUGGAUCUUGAUGCGGAUGUGGAUAUGGGAUCGAGGGCGCGUGAGUGGCUG